AUGGGGAAUGUUCCAGCAAAAGAAUCAAGGAGUAGAUCAAAUUCCGCAAUAUCCUUUAAUGGUACUACAAUAAAUUCAUCAUCAACAAAUUCAAAUUCAAUAAAUAGAACUCCAAAACCAAGAAGAAAUACAACUACUUCAUCUUCUUCAUUUCAUCAAAGAUCAAAUUCAUCAGAUUUAAGAAAAUUAAAAAGACAAGAAGAAAAAGAUUUAAAACAAUUUAAUCAUUAUAAUCAAUUAAUUGUAAAAUAUAAUGAAAAUGUUGAUGGAGGUUAUUUAGCUCCUUAUGGUACAUAUAAAUCAAAUUUAGAUUAUGAUUGUGAUAUUGUACGUUCAUUAAUUAUAAAUAGACAAAUUUCUCCAUUUUUUACACCAUUACAAGAUUUUGAUGAUGAUUGGACUGAUGAUGAAUUAUGUAUAUUAUUAUCACAAUUAACAUUACAUGCAUUAGAAGAACCUGAAGAAUUAAAUGAUUAUGAAGAAGAUGAUUUAGAUAAUCAUAAAAUUCAUAAAUCUUCAAAUUACUACAAAAGACAAGAAGAAAAAGCUAAAUUAAAACUGUUAAUUUCUAAUAUUAAAGAUAUUCAAAAACAAGAAGAAAAUAAAUUUAUAGAAGCUAAACAACAACAAGUUACAAAAAAUUUGCCAAGUCGGGAUUUAUUAUUAAAACUUUAUAGAAAUCCAAGUGAAUGUCCAAUUUGUUUUUUAUAUUAUCCAAAACAUUUAAAUAUUUCACGUUGUUGUAUUCAACCAAUAUGUACUGAAUGUUUUGUACAAAUUAAAAGAUUAGAUCCUCAUCCACCUCAUGAUGAUCCUUCAAAUCAACAAGUUGGAGAACAACCACAUUCAUUAAUUUCAGAACCUGCAAGUUGUCCAUAUUGUGCAAUGCCAGAUUUCGGUAUUACAUAUGAUGCACCAUUAGAUAUUCAUACAGGUAUUGGUGGAAUUCUACCUGGUGAUUAUAAGUUAUCAAAUACAAUUUCAGAAGAAAGUUGUAUAACAGAUGAAGAAGAUUCAAAUAAUAGUACACCCAAAAGGUUUGGAUCACCAACUUCUCCACCACCAACAAAUCAAAAUCAAUCAAUGAUGAAUAAAGUAUUGAAAAAACCAACGAAAAGAAGAACUUCAAUUGCAGCAAAUAAUCCUGGAGUUAUAACAAUAGAUCAAAUAAGACCAGAUUGGGAAAAUAAUUUAAAUAGUGCAAGAAAUAAACUAGCGAGAAAAGCAGCAACUGCAAGUGCAAUACAUGCAAGUAAUUUAAUUAUUGAAAAUUCUUCUGGUGGUGGUGGUGAUAGAAGAAGAUCUACAACUACUACACACACUCAAAGUGGAUAUUCACAAGUUGAACAAAGAAUGAUUGAAGAAGCAAUGAGAUUAUCAUUAAUUGAUGAAGAAGAAAGGAAAAAAAAAUUAACGACCACUAUUUAG